AUGAGCACGGCAGUGGGCUGUACCCCUAGUAUAAGUUUCUAUUUACGAAAUCCCAGUAUUUUCGCCCAACGAUCUCGCGCUAGGCCCUCUGGAGUCGCGUUAUCAGUCGCGGUAGACUCUAAUCACUUUCGUUGCAACCCCGCGAAGGAGGUCGCCGGUCGCACUAUCGCGCAGGCGCGCACAACGCGACGGCACGCAGUCGUUCCCGCGCAGCAAAUGCGCGCAGGCGUGCGCUCUCUCCGCGCACGUUUUGCGUCCAUUACGUGUUCGACACCCGGCCGUUGCCGGGAAUGGAGACCUGCGCGAUCACAGCUGCCGAGGACCUUGUGGGCGACCAGAUUGUCCCUGGCGGCGGCCGUUGGGGAGCACCACGACUGCUGGACUGCUGGUUUCAGAUGCAGGUGA